AUGACAGCAAUUAUUGUCAGGCACAAAUCGCCUUUUCUGCAGUUAAGAAAUAAAAAAAGUGACGUAAAUGAAGAGGCGAAACAAAACCUCGCAGACAAAGUUAAUAGUGGCGAACUUUUACCGGUUGGCUACGUAGACGUUGCAAAUCAGAAGAUUCAUGCUGGAGGCGGAAUUUGGUUACUAAAGCGUGAUUACGAUUUUGUAAAAUUUAGAAAAUCUAAACGGCCGGAAAUGUUUAUUAAAAAUAUAGCAGUAAAAAUUUUUUCUGAAGAAACCUUGAAGCAAUGCAGUGUCACGGGAGAAUCCAGUUAUGCAUACAAAAACAGCGUGAAGAGGCCUUCUUUAGAUAUGAAAAAAUUAAAUGCUGUAAGAGAAAUUUCGGAGUACUGGAUGCGUUUUCGAAAAAUGUCAGAACACGACAUAGUACAACAUUCUGCUAACGUGGGCAGAUAUAUUGGGCAAAAAAUAGCGUGUUUAAAUCGUGGUCCUAGAAAGAAUCUCAAACGCAAAAACAAGCAAAUAAAUAACCAGGCAAAAAAGAAAUCAAAAGAGGAGAUUAGUUCUGAAGAUGAAACGAGUCCAGAUGAUGAGAAAAUUAUGGAGCACGAUCGUACACUGGAACAUUUCAGCGGUGAUGCGAAAAAGAUCAUUCAAGAAGAUAAUAAGGAACCCGAAAAAGAUGAUACAGAUGAGUUUGACGAUGAGAUUUUCAAUACUAUUAAUUAGGAUUAAGGAUAAGAAGAAGGAAGGAGUUGAAAUAUUUCAAUUA